AAUCAGUGAAUAGGAAACCGACAGCGCGCGGAAGAGGAAAGUCUCCAAAGACAGAUAAAAAACAAGCUAAGUUAGCAACGGCCAUUUAAUCUAGAAAGAUACAAAUAAAACGUCCAGUUUUCUGUUUAUUUCCAUGUAUUUGUUGUCUUAAAAUUGCUCUGGGUUACUUUUAGUCAGCUAAUCGCUAUACUACGUAAACUGCUCGCGAACUAACCUUAGCUUUAACGUCCCGCAACGGUCACCGCUAACUCACCGGCCUAACCGCUGCGAGCUAACGCAGUACGGUAGCUCGGUUACAAGUUAGUAUCAACACUGAGACGCUGCAUAUCGGUCUCCUGGAGUGAACUUAUGGUUAUAAAAGUUAACGUGACAUAGAAGUUACAGAAAGGUGGAGAUAAUGCACCACGUCAAGAUCAAGACGGAGAGGCCAGAUCUCGAGGGGGCUGGUGCACGCAACAGAUUGGAUGAUCUGUUAAAGGGACUGGUGGAGAAGACUGAAAGUGAAAGGGAACAAAAUGAGGGUGAUACUGAAAAAACAUCAGCUGACUCCUUAAACAAGGAUUUGUCACCAUCAUCUGCUGGAAAAAGGCCAUCAGCUCGAUUUCCACAGCACCGGAGGAAGAAGCGUAAAGAGAUGGAUGAGGGCAUACCAGAGAGCAAUCAACACAAACAAAACGCUUACAUUAUUAAGUUGUUUGAUCGCAGUGUGGAUCUGGCUCAGUUCAACACCAGCACCCCACUGUAUCCUAUUUGCCGUGCCUGGAUGAGAAACAAUCCUUCUGUUCGAGUGCCGCCUGCUUCACCAAGCCCCCCACACAUUAUGGUGGAGGAAGAGCUUACAGACAUGAUCAAUGGUAAAGGUAUUGUGUACAGACUCCCUCCUCCAGCGUCCUGUCCAAUCAGCACCUCUGGUGAACCCAUCAAUCUGAGGAUCCCACAGACUGAAAAACCCACUGUUAACAAGUUGACAGAUUCACUUCCUGUAUCAGGUUCUCUCAUAUGUGACCACAUGGAACGUUGGAAAAAGAUAAGGCAAAAAUGGAAGGAGUGCUCUAACAAGAACCAGUUAAGAUACAGCGAGAGUAUCCGGGUUCUUAAGGAGAUGAAGGAGCUCUAUGAUCGCUAACUUGUUGUGCGGCUCUCCACCACAAAACGGACUCCACGCAUUUGUAAGGGAGCCAUGGUAUAUAACAAUGACUCUUUGAACACACAUGCUAUGUACGUAAUCAGACUCAUAAGAAAGCAUGAACAUAACUGUGAGCCUUAAAUUAACUAGAUGUCCUACGCAUUGCAGAAGAAAUAUCCGACAGGAUUUUAAAUUGUUUUGCAAUUUGUUCCAGUGUGAUGUAUGUUUUUAUUCAUACAAAUGAUGUGUAGUUAUCUGAAUAAACUAAUCAGUUUUCCAGACA